AUGAGGAGUCAUGCCAAGCAGUUAACAAUUAUAUAAGAAAACCAUUUCCAAAACCAAAUUAUUGAAAUAACUCAAACAAUUCGUUCUGGCAAGUACAGGAUUGCUUUUUAACGAAUUAAUAAAGAAUUUGAAAGAUCUUUGAUUAUGUAAACAGGAUGGCGCAUUCGUUUGCAAUUAUUAAGAAGAGGAAUCGUUUGCCUAAUCAAAAUUCUCUUAUCUCAAUCAAGGGAUGGAUUUAGACAUGAAAACUAAUUACAUUUAUUGAGAAAGUUAUAGUAAUUUAUUAUGUUUUACUUUGAAUUGCUGGAGAAUUAAGCAAAAGAAUAUAAAAUAUUUUAUCUAAAAGAAAUACUCUAUCGAAUCUCCUAAAUUCAUCUAUUAAUUUACUAACUAUCUAAAUUCCAUGAAGAUGUUCGUUGCAUGUUGUUUUGGAAACCUGAGAUAUAUUUUUAGGAUGCUCGAUUUAAUAAAACUAAGUUUCAAUACAAUUUGUAGGUUGGGCAUCUCCAUAGCCAAUUUAAAUUAUUCGAUUCUGCUAUAUUCUACUAUAAAGAGGCCAUUGGGCAAUGCCAAACUUUGCUUGCUGAUAUAAUAGCUGAAGAUUUUCAUUUGAAAAAGCUAUCUGAUAAGUAUUCAAGGGUGAUCUCUUGGAUUAUAACAACAUUAUAUAUCAUGACAUUUGUUUAUGAAUUGCAGUCCGACUAUAAUAAAUUAUUCGAAACUUAUAGAGUGGCAAUUUGGUUAUCAGAAUUAAUUGAUAAUUAAGGAUUAGCAACCAUUUUAGAGGAAUAGUAUCGUUUACAACAAAAUUAAUAUAGAACAUUUAUGAUAGAAAUUAAGGAAAUUAACCAAGUACUUGCUCCUAUAUUUCCUUAAUCCAACAUUAAUUAGGAUAACACAUAAAAAAAUGAUUAUUGGACAAUUACAAAUGAUAAAUUCUUUAAGAAAUUUAAUAAAGAGGUAAAUUGCUAACUGUAUUCUAUCCUUUCAUAACAAGAGGAUAUCAAUUAUAAAAAAUAACAUUAAUCUCGACUCACAGAAUAAGAAACAACAAUCCAAUCAAAUAUUCAUACACCUCGUCAACAUGAGAAAUGCAAAACAUUCAAUUCUGUAGAUGAGUUCAAACUAAGUAAAUUAACUUCUGUGCAUCAAUCACCUCAACAUUCUCACAAGUCAAGUGCUACAGUACAUCACACUAAAACUAAUUCAUUUAAAUUUACAUCUGAUAUAGAUAUAAUUUUAAAGAGAUUUCCAAAAAGAGAAAUAGAAUCAUUUUCUUCUUUAAAAGCAAAAAAGGAAUUGGAUCUCUACUAUCAAUAAAAAGUGCUUUCCUCUUUUGAUAAUGAAGUUUAGAUUAAAUCUCUAAAAUCAUUAAGAUAACAAAUAUCAUCUUAAGAAGAAUUAGAUAAGGUUUGCUAAUCAGAUUUUAUUGUGGGUAAAAAAUUGUUAAAGUUUCAAAAAUACACACAUCAAAAAGUAGCAACUAAUUAAAAUAUAAUGAAAAUUACUUCAGGCAUAUCCAAAGAAUAGGAACAUUUAGAAGGGGUCAAUUCUGCUAGAUUACUUAUUUAAGGGUCGUAAGAUAUUGAAUAGAAAAUCAGAGUUUAGAUGCAUUAAAUCAUAAAAUAGAAAUCAAUGCACAAUGAAGGAGAAUUGAUGAAUCUUAAAGCAUUGGUGUCAGAUUAUGAAUUAAAUCUAUCGAAGGCUCCUACUACUAAUCGUGAACCAUAAAUCGAAUAAUCUUAAAUAUCCAAGAUUAUCAAAGAAAAGAACUAUUCCAUAUUAAAAUCUAUAGACUAAACAGCCAAACGAACGGCACCAGAAUAAAUAAAAACUAGAAAAUCUUUUCUAUCUCGCAUUCAAGAGAGUCUAUUUUAAAAGUGA